AUGUCACAAUUGAAAAAAACCAAUCUUAAUUCAGUUAAAGAUUUACAAAAAACAACAGAUGAACAAUUGGGUUCAGUAUUACAAAAUUUAGGUUAUGAAGAAUCUUUCAAAUUAAUUGAUUUAAAAUUAGGAUUGGGAUUAAUAACUGUAUUAAUAGCAGGAUUAUUAUUUUUAGCUGAUAAAAAAUUCCAAUUUAAAGAAAUUUACAAUAUAACUUUUAUAUCUUGCGUUUUAUAUGGACUUAUAAAUCUAGCUUUAUUUGGUCUAAAUUUAAAAUAUAAGAAUGUUAAAUAUAUUGGAUACGAUUCAAAAGGAAAUAAAAUUAUAAUAUCUAGUGAAAUUAAGAAAUAUGAACCAAAUUAUUAUAUAAAUGUUACAAUCAAUGAUAAAACCACGAGUAAUUCUGUUAUACCAUUCAAUAAGUUUUUUGAUAUAAUUGGUUUUUUCAAUAGAGAUGAAUUUUUAAAAUUAUUAAGUCAUGAGAUAAAUAAAAAAUCAGAAUAG